AUGCAAGAUGGUUUGAUAGAGCUUGUGAUAGCGUAUCAAGUUAUUCAUCGAUUGAGGGAUCUUUUUGCGCUUUAUGAUCGGCCACAAGUGGAAGGCUCUCGUUUCCCUUCAUCGAUUCUUUUAGGUAUCAAUUUGUUGGUGAUAUUGAGUUUCAGAUUUGGGGUUGUGGGUUCCAUCGAUUGGGAAUCGUAUAUGCCGGAGAAUGAAACUCAAGAGACUAAAACUUCGGAAUGGGAAUCAAAGUUGCUGCAAGAUGUGCCAGAGGAUAGACCGUUGGAUGAUUUGUGUAAGAAGGAGGAGAAGAACACGGUGGUGGUGGUGGAUGGUUUAGUUUGUCUCCCAUCUUUGUUGACAGCUGUGUUAUUGCAGGCUAAUAGCAGAUUGUCAUCUGAGCAGGGUUCAUAUGUUCUUCCGAAUGAUGCUAGCAAGACCAGACCUAUUCAUCUGAUGAGUUAUCUUCUUUCUCAUUGCACCACCAAGUGGGGAGCAGCUACAGAUCAGACUGGUUUGCUUCUGCUUGAAUCUUUGUUGCUUCUUGGAUACUUUGCCAUGUUCCACCCCGAGAAUCAAGCUGUUCUUUGGUGGGGAAAGAGCCCCACCAUUCUUCACAAGGUGUGCGAUCUGCCAUUUGUGUUCUUCAGUGACCCGGAAUUGAUGCCAGUGUUGGCUGGAACACUGGUAGCUGCAUGCUUCGGGAGUGAGCAGAACAAAGGAGUUGUCCAGCAAGAACUUAGCAUAGAGAUGCUUCUCUCCUUGCUCAAAUCCUGCAAAAAUGCCUCCCAACUCAACCCUUUGUCCUCUACUACUGUUCCUAAUGAGUCGGCCGAGUCAACUCAGUCGGGUCCCGAGACAAGAAAACUUCAUGGUGACAAUACCACCUCUCAAAGAUCAAAUCGGAUGAAUACAAGAAGCACACGACUCCAAUCAGGAAAAACUGGUUCCACACUUGGAAACACCAAUAAUAAUAAUAGGAAUCAGAAAGAUAACAACAACAACUCAAGUAGUAAUAAUAAUAGGGUUUGUGAGUCCAAUUAUUCAGAAAGUUGCUCCAAUCUGAUGCUCCAUUCAAGAUUCCCCACUACCUUCAUUGACAGAGCAGAAUUCUUCUUUUCAACAGAAUCACCGCUUUAAAUGUAAAUGAAAAUUUGAGAAUUCUUGAAAGCAACUUUUUGAAAUCAAACCAAUUCCCAAAUCUCUCUCCAAUAACAGACUGGCUUCUAAUUCUAUUUUCAUCUUUCUUGAUUGUGCUUUCCAAUUUCACAUGGUGUGCAUAUAACAAAUAUAUAAAAAACUCUAUAAUUUUUUUUUUUUUUUUUUUCCAAAGAUAAUUAAAAUCCCAGUGAG